UGCAUGCACUACGAUUUUAUAUAUAUAUAUGGUUAGUCUUACAAUCUUGAGUCUCUUUUUAGCACUUGAUUUGUUUGCAAGCGCUGCUUAGUAAAGCAAGGAGCUAUGCCCCCUGCUGAUACCAUAUUCUGUGCCCAACAGAUCAACAUACCUACAGAACUGCCUGACAUUCUAAAACAGUUUACGAAAGCUGCCAUCAGAACCCAACCUCAUGAUGUACUUCAGUGGUCGGCCGCGUAUUUUUCAUCUUUGUCUUCUGGAGAAACCCUUCCUGUUAAGGAGAGGCUUGAAAUGCCAGUAGCAACACAGAAGACAGACACUGGGCUUACACCUGGCCUUUUGAAGAGUUUGCAUAAACAGCUUUCUCCCAAAGCGACUGUGGAGAAGGCAGAAUUGGAACAGCGAUGGAAAGAACUCUGUCUACCAAUGGAACAGCUUAACAGCAUUAUAGAGUUAGGAAACUUUGCCACUGAUAUUGUGUGGAUUGAAUUCUUAGCUUUGGGCUGCAGUGCAAUGAAUGGGACUAUCACUACCUCUCUGAAGUGUGCAUGUGAAAUCCUUACAGCUGACCCAGAAGGAGGAGCAGCUCGCAUUCCAUUUGAAUCAUUUAGGUUCCUCUUUACCUACCUGAACAAUUUUGAUGGGGAGAUGCAUCAGGACCAGAUCGACAGCUAUCUGAAUAGCCUUAAGGAGGAAGCGAAGCCGCAAUUUGGAAUGGUGCAGCCAUUAAACUUAACAGGACUGAACAAACCCAAACUGCCUUACUAACAGAACAUUGUUUCACUUGCUAUCCUGUUGCUGAGGUCCAGUUGAAUUUUCAAGCAUUCAAAAAUCUAAAAGGUAUUGACAAUGUCGACCCAGGGGACUUUUUCGACCUGAAAAAAGAAACAAGGACCAGGGGUCACAAAUGGAGAUUAGAUAAAGGGACAUUCAGAACAGAAAAUAGGAGGCACUUUUUUACACAGAGAAUUGUCAGGGUCUGGAACCAACUCGCCAGUAAUGUUGUUGAAGCUGACACCCUGGGAUCCUUCAAGAAGCUGCUUGAUGAGAUUCUGGGAUCAAUAAGCUACUAACAUCCAAACGAGCAAGAUGGGCCAUAUGGCCUCCUCUCAUUUGUAAACGUUCUUAUGUUCUUAUGUAAAUGGGCUGUAUCCUAGUAACGGCAUCCUAAAAUGCAAGAUUUUGUAUAAAUAUCUUUAAUUUGUCAUUUCCUUAUGGAAUUGCAAUAUGUUUUAAAUGAAUACUUAAAUGAACCUCAGUCAGCCUCACAAUGGAAAAAAAAUAACCUUACUUGAAGAAUUCUAAGUUAAAAAGAUCAAAAAUUACUUUUCAAGAGGCAUCAGAAUCAAGUUAUAAAAAAUAAGUCACUGGUUUAGGCGAGAUGUAAAGUUGCUGUCUUGCUUAUCUUAGAAAUCGUAUACUGUGUCAGAUCUAUUGGUGCCUCAAAUAGUUUCAAAGUGUUUGUUUUAUAUUUCCUUACUGGGUUCUGUUGCUGUGGUAUUGACUUGUUGCAGUUUUUCUUUAAAUCUGAUUUUACUUGGCUUUGAACUUGCCUGAAGAAGCAUAGAUCCUAGGACACUCUUCAUCUAUCAUUGAAAUCAUACAAUGUAACAGAACCACCUACUCCUCCUUAAAAUAGACAGUAAGUGAGGCUGUCACAUGAGGAAGGCUGUUCAGUCCCAGAAUUUGGGAUACUCAAAGUUCAAAGUAAGUUCAAAGCCAGGUAAAGGCAGAAAACAUGGGACUGUACCAGCAAUGAUACAGCGCACAGGCACAUCUACACAAACUGGAUUGUAACAAAAUAAAUACACAAAUGCAAAAUAAAACACAGCUACAAAAUAAAAGUUGUCUGCAGUCGACAUAGUGCUGCUUUCACUAUAAGGGAGGUCACGCUGCAGGAUCCUUCACUCACAAACACACUCUCCGUAUACUUUCAGUGGGAUUUAAAAUGCCCUAAGCUAGUUCUUAUACUAAGUUAUUAGAGCCCCACUUGUACACAUGGUGGGCACAGUGAGUAGUAUAAUGUUUGCUUUCUGGCAAUUUCUGUCACCAAGACUACCCCACUGGGAUAUGCCUAUCGGCCAGUCGGAUCGGAAUCCAGCCAAUCCCUGGCUGCCGUUCCAUGUAAACAAACAGCUAUCUGGCUGAGCGUUUGGCUCUUUCCUGCAGAUACACGCAUGCACCUGAGAAACCAGACACUAUGUUGAAUCUGUUACAGGCCUUAAUAACAAAGCUUUACUAAUGAGUUAUUUAAAUACCCCCUUUGGACACUUGUGUAAAAUAUCAAAAAGUAUCUUAAAAACAUGAGCUUGAUUAAAAGUGUAUUAGAACUAUAGGUAAUAUAUUUUAAAACAGUCGGUAACAGUUUA